UUGAAUUAGUUUAAAUUCUUUUCAAUAUUCUACUUCUACAAAAUUCACACACUUAUUCAAAUAUAUACUUGUAACAAACUAAGACCAGCAUGAUUACUUUGAAAUAUAUGAGAAAUUGUUAUGUGGAAUUAAAUUAUUAAUAGCUUGUAUGUAAUAUACAGUAUUUGGUAUAUAUUCUUUAAAUAAUACAAUAAGAAUGACUGAAUGUGAACCAAGAAUGACCAUUAUUUGUCAAUAUUGUACUUUAAAUAAUGACUAAUAUGAUUUAUUUUCUUUUUCUAUGCUUCAUCUAACCAAAGUGUGGUUUGUCAUAUCUACUUUAAUGAUGAUAAUUCAACUGAAAACGGAUCAGAUGAUUAAUUCCAAUAUAAUAUUAGAGUUCAGCUCUUUAUUAGUAAUUUUUAUUUAUUUAUUUCAAGAAGAUUAUACAGAAUUAUUAUUUCACAUCUUUGUUAUAUAUACUUUAUAUUUUUAUUUUAAGAAAGAUGUAAUUGAGAUGCAAUUCUUCCGCUCUAGACUUUAGUAUAAAGGCCGUUCAAACUUUGCAGUGAUUGCUUCAAAUAUCAAUGUGGUUCCUGACUAAGUAAUUAUUGACUUGGAAUAUUUCAUAGGUGUAGUUCAAUAGCAGAAAAUGACAAUGAAUCAUUUUCUUGUGAAUCGUUGUCUUUAUCAUCUUUCAUGUUUUGGUUAAAGCACAUUUUUUGAAAGAAAUCUCAAAUUUGUUCUCUUAAAAAACUAGGAUAUAUUCAAUAAAUCUGUCAGACCAUUUUUUU